AUUGCCUGGGGCUUGCCAUGUCCAGCGGCCAAAAUCAAAUCAAAUUAAAUUUGUGCCAAAAAAACAGGAAGAAAAAGAAGAGGAAACGCAAAAUGCGGCAUGGCUGGCGGAAAAUGUUUCGUUUGCAUGGAAAUUUCGUAGUAAGAUUUUAAAUUUUCCCGAAGGCAAGAGAGGGAAACUAAGAAAGAAGUGGAGUGAAAUGAACAAGUUGCUUGACAGCCGCUUGCUGUUGCGGACUCAUAAAUCAAAAAGUUGCACAUUAAAGACGCCUUUGGUUCAAUUAAAUAGAAAUUGAAUUAAAUUACAAAGCUGCCUGCCCUUGAAAACGUGCAAAACAUCGAUGCAGAACCAGGAUUAUGAACGAAAUAAGCGGCCAAAAUGAUUCAAAGUGUUAACCGGUUUGUCGAGCAACAAGCCCUAAAAAUAAUACUUUAAAACGUUGAAAACGCUUUUAUGACACAAAGGUUACGAAGACAAAGAAGUCCAGGAAAAGCGCCCGCAGACAUGUCAUCAAACAGAAUCCGGCCGGAGUUGGUACUCCUGCAGCUGCUGCUACUGGCGGCCACAUUAAUCCCUUUGCUGCAGGCCGGGAUAGUUACAGCUCCGUACUCCGAAUCGGAUUCGGAUUUGGAUUCGAAUCCGGACACCACCGCCACCACCAUCGCCACCAUCGCCACCAUCACCACCGACAACUACAACCCGCAUGCGGAGGAGCUGCAACUGGAAUCGGAGACGGAGGCCACUGCUGCUCAAGUGGAUGGCCAACGCAUCGACUGCAAAUUGACUUUCGAUGCGGCGACAAUGGACUCGUUAGGCUGCCACAAUGAGGGGGCGUUGCCGGAGAGGGGGGCGUUACCAGGCAGUGGUAAUAAGCCGGUGGAGGAGAUGCCUGAGGCAAAUCCAGACUGGCGGCGCCACUUGAAGUCACCGGACAGCCAGCCCAUCUAUGAAUUACAAUUGGUUGUUUGGCCCAGUGACAUCGAGGACGGUGAUGACUUCAGUCCACCGCUGUCCACUACAACAACAACAGAAGCAACAACAACGACAGCUAGGACCACUAGAGCCACCAGUAGCACCACUAGCAUCACCCCCAAGCCCACCCAAAUUGGGACACCUAUUGAGCAAAUAUGGCCAUUGUACGAGGAUCAAUUGGUUGUAUUUCCGCAAAUGGACUUUGAAGAGGAGAAUCUUGAUUAUUUCUUCGACGAAGUGCCACCAUCCACAUCGUCGACCACCGGUCGCCCGUUGACCACCAGUCAUCCCACCGGCACGCCCACUCCCACGCCCAUUUAUGUUGUGCAAAACUAUCACGUUAUACACCCCAAUGGCACCGAGGAGUACAAAUUGGUGAUGAGCAACGGCCUGGUGAACUACAAGAAGCUGUACUCCAAGAAAGUGGGUGACCGGUUGAUCAACGUUCAGGAGGGCUACAAUUCAGUGCCCAUUCCAGGACCUAAAAACCAAAUCCAGACACAGUACUAUAUUGCCGACGAGCGGGGCUACAAUGUCUAUAGAAUCGAGCUCCACUAUCACCAGCCAGGGUUGUUGCCCAAACAUUUGCAUUACAAAGCCACAAAAGCGACCAAUAUGUGAAUGAGGAUGGGCAGGAUUUCCAGUUGGCGGCACAGUGGUGCUAACCACUAAGUAAACAUAUAUAUAUUUUUUUUGCAUUUUUUUUUUAUAACUUAUUUUAGCUGAAGAGUUUCCAAUAAAUUGUAAAGAAAACUUGUAUUUUUAUUUAGUGUUUGCAUGUGAAAUUAAACAAGAUUUUUUAAAUAGUUUAAACUGGCAUAUAUACGCAGAUAUAUUUGUAUCUUUUGCUUGUGAGUUAAGUUUUUAAUUUCAGCUGUGCUUGCAUAUAGUUAUAAAAUGUAUAAGUAUUUGUUUAUUAUAAUUUUUCGACCCAAGGUUCACUUUGUUGGGUGCAAAAAAAUGGCGAAAUAAAAUGUAGAGCCCAC